AAAUAAAAUAUUGGUAUUCGAAAACCAAUAAUAUAUUGCCUAAGCUUUCCAUAUUUUAUACGUUUUAUGAUUCUAAAGUUUAUAAAAAGAUUUUAAUAAGAUUGUUUUUUACGUUUGAAGUUUUAUUUAAGAUUUAAAGUAAACUUCGAAAACAUUUUUUUGUGAUUCUCGUUUUGAACGUCGUGUCAUAACGAAAAUUGCGUCUUUCUGAAAAAAUUGUCAAAUUAAACAGAAAAAAUCUGAUUCUUUGAAAGAUUGAAAAGAAAAGCAUUGUAAAUCUAUACAAGACAGCGAAUAAAUAAGAAAUAAAAAUAAGUUUCAGUGAAAAUACAAAAAUAAAACGAUGGAAAACGAUAAAAAAAAAGUUUUCAACAAAGUCAAGCACGACCUAGAAGUGUAUCGUGAACUCUUGCUUAUAUUAAACAACAUCUUAAAAUGGGAACAGAACUUUUUUCCAGGCAUCAUUGGUGGAGUUCUCACUCUACUCUUCAUAAUUCUCUGGUGGUUGGACUUUAGCACUCUGACACUCAUUGCUUUGAUAACAAUUUUUGUCACGGUAUUGGAUUACGGAUAUCCUUUGAUCUCAAAAUUCAUAUUUAAAGCUGAAAACUGGAGUGGCUCACAAGAGAAACUCUAUGAACAAGUCAUCCAGGAUAUUGUCGAUGUCAGACUCAGUAUUUGCUCAGCAAUUUGUUCAUUUUUCAGCAGCAGAAGUGAAAGGUCAACUUUUUAUCUGAUAACUGUAACUGCUGGUUCUAUUGCGCUCGCUUGGAUAGGUUCGACAUUCAACAACCUAUUUUUGGUAUAUUUGACAGUUCUUAUUCUUGCAAUGUAUCCUGGCUUGAAAGCAAAGGGAAUCAUAAAGUUGGUAUUGAAUCACAUAAAUGCUGUCAUCGGACCAUAUUUGAAGAAAAUCCGACCUGAAAAAUCAGCACCAGCUGAGAAAACAGAUUGAAGUAAAGAUGAUUUGAUAUCAUUUUAAAUUUGUUUUCAUUGAAAAUAUUUUUUAAAUCUAUAAAUUGUGUGAUGCUCGCAGUAAAAUUUUUGUGUAUCCUUUAAAAAAGUCGGCUUUCAAUGCUAAUUGAUUGUCUAGCACAUAAAAAGUCUUAAAAUGAUUAUAUUUGUCAAUGAAUAAGAAAUGCAUACACAGUAGUUGCCGAAGGAAAGAAACUUUCUUCUUACGUGCGAAAAUAUUCUUUGGCAAGUGUUUUGUACCGAAGGUAAAAGUAAAGUAUCAUUCCUUUAAAAUACUUCUGAUAUUCAAAUCAUAUUAUUCGGCGAGAAAUUUUCAUUUGAGAAAUGUCUACAAUAUUAUUGUGAAAAUUUCCCGUCCUCGACAUCAAUUUGACUCGCUUAAAGUCGUAAAAAUUGCAUGUAUGAAUGUUAUUGAUACAAACACCUCAAAACAUUCUCAAACCUUUCGAUCAUCUAAGUUUUUUACGAUUAUUAGAUUAAAGUUUCUCAUUCAUUAUCAGAAAUUCUUACCGAAUAUAAAGUCGUUUAUAUUUGAUCUAAAAUUUUAUCUUUUUUCACAGAAAAGGAAAAAAAAAACAAAGUAAUUAUAAAUCACAUUUAUUAAAUUACGCUAAAACUAUGCAUCUAUAGAUUAAUUUAACUUUUAAAUGUGUUAGCUGUGUUAAAAUAGGAGUUCGUUGAUGGUGCAAUAGAGUACUAUCGGUUUAGUUUGUAAGAGCUUUUCUCAGACAAUUUUACGUUUUUCAAACCCAAAGCCAUUUCAUGUGAAAGUCAUUUGUCGAUUUAUAAAAUUAAGAAGAAUUUAAUUUUAAGCAUUCUUGUAUCGGGAUCACAUUGAUAUUAGUUAACUACCUGAAGCUAUUAGAUUUUAAGUUUAUUCUUAAUUGGGAUUGAUUUUAUUUACAAGUUCAAGAGAUAUUCUCUUCGAUAUUGAUUUAGUCACUUGAGAAAAUUUCAUACCAAAACGAAAAGACAAUUGACUUAAUUUGUCUUGACAUUAGACAAUGCAAGAAAAUUUUUGCUUUUUUUUGUGAUUAUUUCAUUGAUUUACUUUAUUAUCACUAUAAACAUUGGGAAAAGUAAAUUUAAGCUAUUCUAGAAUGUA